AUGCGCCCGGGAGGCACGUCCGCACGGCUGGUCGGGGAGCGGGCGCAGCGGGAAGCCCGCGGAAAACCACCCGAAACCGGCGACGCUCCUGAGUCUGACCCGGUCGGACUCCGGAGGCCGCGGCGGCGGCAGCGAGGACUACGCCGCGCCCGAGAGCCACGCUGCUGCCCGGCCGCCGAGUCCGCGAAACUACAGCUCCCGGCAUGCCCCGGGAGGCAGCCCGCCCUGCUGCCUGACACCGAGGGGACGCCGCUUCCGUUUCCGCCCACCCCCACGCCGGCGCAGCCGCAGUCCCCGCCGAGCCCCCAGCGCCGCUCCGUGCAGCUCCGGCGCGCUCCCGCCGCCGCCGCCGCUCCGCCCCGCCACGGGGCCCGGGCCCCCCCCUCGGCCCACGUGCUCCCAGCCCCCCUGAGAGCUCCCAGGGCCCCCCCCCCGGCCUCGGCACGGGCGGCCCCCACCUCCCCCGGGCCACCCCCGCCUGGGACGUUCGCGGUCCGAGGGGCGCCCGGCCACGCUCACCUUCUCCCGAGGGGCAGCCGCAGCCCGGCCACUGCUCCGCUCCUGCCUGGGCUCCCACCGGCCCCGCCGCGGCCCCUCCCCCGGCAGCCCCCCCUUUCCAGGGAGGGGCCGUCGCCAUCAGCCUCACUGCCCGCACCUGGGGCUCCUCCAGCCCCGGCCCGCAGCUGUGGGACCGAAAGCCGCAAUCAAACUCCUGAACACCCAUGGGAAGUUAAGAAGCAGGCGCUUCGUUUAUGGAAUGAAAGGUGUCGAGAGUCAUCUUAUUUUGAAGAGUUGUUAACUGGGGUCCACCAUCGAGGCCACAGGGGAGAUUUCUUCCAGAGAGAGGAUAGAGUUAUUACGUCUGAAGUCCAUUAUUUGCUUUUGUCCUUCGUGAAAAGGGAACGCUGCGAGGAGCUUUGCGAGUCGAGGGUGAUGGUUCUCCCCGAGAAUACCUCGGUGCCAGGCCGGAGUUCGAUCAACACUCAAUCUCGUCCAGUCUCACUCGCAAGGUCCCAUCUGGGUCGCCAAAACCGUUACCGAAAUCCAGAAUAAAACUCCUUAACGCCAACUUGAA